AUGAGGCGUCUGCUGCCGCUGCUGCUUCUGGGAGUUCUGCUCCUCCAACAGAGUCUCUGCUUUGAGUUUGUGAUUGAUGGAGAAUGGGAGGAAGAGAUGGUGACUGAUGACUUAUGUAUGUUGUUUCAGAGAGCGAUAUUGACCAGUGAGGAGCAGGAAGACUUUGAGAUUGUUCGUGGAGAUGAUAUCACUGUCAAAAGCUACAGGGUGGAGAGCCACAUCACAUCUCGCUUCGCCCACACCACUGUCAGAAGCUCAGUGGUCAACUCUGGCACCAAAGCCCAAAGCAUCGGCUUCAAUGUCCAGAUCCCAAAAAGAGCUUUCAUCACCAACUUCACCAUGAAUGUGAAUGGGAUCAUAUUUAUGGGAUCAGUGAAGGAAAAGACAGUCGCCAGAAACCUGUACGCUCAGGCCAGAGCCAGAGGCAAAGCCGCUGGCAUCGUCAGGGCUAAUUCCCAAGAUAUGGAGACUUUUAAGACAGAGGUGCAUGUUCCUCCAGGAAGCAACAUUGAGUUUGAGCUCCACUACCAGGAGAUGAUGCACAGGAGGCUGGGUUUUUAUGAGCAUGUGCUGUACCUGCAGCCAGGGCGACUGGUGCCACACUUACAGGUGGAUGUACACAUUUUAGAACCGAAGGGGAUUGCAAUGGUAGAAACACCAAACACCUUUGAGGCACAGUUGGCAGAGCUGAUCAAAGUCACCACCUCCAAGGACAAGGCACACAUUGUCUUCAAGCCCACCCUGCAGCAGCAGAGGAAGUGUGAAAACUGCACAGACAGUGCUAUAGACGGCAUCUUUACUGUCAAAUAUGAUGUGGUGAGAGACAGCAAUGCUGGAGAACUACAGGUCUCUGAUGGCCACUUUGUGCACUUCUUUGCUCCGUCCAACUUAUCUCCACUUCCUAAAAAUAUUGUGUUUGUCAUCGACGUCAGUGGAUCCAUGUGGGGGGUGAAGAUGAAGCAAACAGUGGAGGCCAUGCAAGCUAUUCUGGACGACCUGACCAUUGACGAUCACUUCAGUGUCAUCGACUUCAACCACAACGUGCGCUGCUGGAGUGAUGAGCUGGUUCCUGGUUCAUCCAUUCAGAUCGCUGAUGCUAAACGAUACAUUCAGAACAUCAAACCCAAUGGAGGCACCAACAUCAAUGAGGCGCUAAUGAGAGCUGUGCAGAUGCUGAUAAAGGCGUCCAAUCACGGGCUCAUCGACCCCCGCUCUGUCUCCAUGAUAAUUCUAGUGUCUGAUGGAGACCCCACUGUGGGGGAGAUCAAGCUCAGCACCAUCCAGAAGAAUGUGAAGCGGAUGAUGAGGGAGGAGUUUUCUUUGUUCUCACUGGGCAUCGGCUUUGAUGUCGACUAUGACUUUCUAGAACGUAUUGCAAUGGAAAACCGAGGCAUUGCCCAGCGGAUCUAUGCUAAUCAUGAUGCUGCAGAACAGCUACGGACAUUUUACAGUCAGGUUUCAGCGCCCCUGCUGAGGAGGAUUACCAUUCAGUUCCCAGAAGAUUCAGUGUCUGACGUCACCCAGAACCAGUUUGAUAAAUUCUUCAGUGGCUCAGAGCUGGUGGUCGCUGGGAAGGUGCUACCCUCGGACAGCAACACUCUGACCGGCUUCACCACAGCUUCAGCCGCCCGUAUGGACAUAACCCUGGAGACUGAGGCGGACACCUUGGAGCUGGAUGCAGAACUGGCCAAACACCAGCACUCGUUCCCAGGCUUUGCCAGGCAGCUGUGGGCCUACAUCACCAUCAGACAGCUGAUGGGUGAACGGUCUUUGGCUCCAACUGCUGCCAAGAAGAGGAAGAUCACCCAGCGAAUCCUGUCACUAGCUGUGGAGCAUCAGUUUGUCACCCCACUCACUGCUUUGCUGGUGGAGAGCGAAGAUGCCAGCGAGAGGCUGCUGGCCGACUCCCCGAAGGACCCCAAGCAUGGCUGCUGCUCAGGAGGGUCUUCUGGUGUGGCUCCGGUCAGGGUGGUCUACCAGCCUCCCCCCUGGGUCCAGAUGACAACUCCAGCUCCUCCGAGCCAGGCCGAGAAGGGUCCGGAGGAGUGGGCCCUGCCUCAACAGGUCAACCUAGUGGACAAUGACCCCCACUUCAUCGUUCACCUGCCCAGAAGCAACAUGGACGUGUGCUUCAACAUCGACUCCAAACCUGGUCACAUUCUCAACCUGGUGUCUGACCCUGGAACAGGGUUGGUGGUCAACGGUCAACUCAUCAGAUCCAAGAAGGUGCACAAAAACAAACUGAACACAUACUUUGGUACCAUCUCGGUGUACUCUCAGCCUGAGGGGGUCAGCGUCACCGUGGGCACCGACAGCAUCAUCAUGACCGAUGAAACAAAUCAUCACACGUUCACCUGGGCUGCCACAGCCGACAUCACACAGGAUGGGGUGAGGAUUUCUGUUGUGAAGAACUCCCAUGUUACUGUCACAAUAAAUAAUAACAUCCAGGUGACAGUGUUACUUCACCGUGUAUGGAAGAAACAUCCUGUCAACGUCGACUUCCUGGGCAUCUACAUUCCCACUGACAACCUGUACUCCCCACUGGUCCACGGACUCAUAGGGCAGUUUUCUAGAGAGCCUGAGGUGAGCAUAUAUGACAUCCACGCAGGGGCCGACCCUCUGAAGAAGGAGGCCACCAUGGAGGUGAAGGGCAACAGGCUGCUCGUCACCAGGGGCUGGCAGAAGGACUACAGGAACGAUAAGAAGCGUGGCUCGGACGUCUACUGCUGGUUCAUACACAACAGCGGGAAGGGAUUCAUCGAUGGCCACUACACCGACUACAUUGUCCCACAUCUCAACAGCUUUCUCCAGAUGCACUGAGCAGCCGGAGACAUGCUCAAAACCCUGUGCUGCUAUCAUGGUAAUCCCCUUGAGUUGUGAAGAAAAACAAGACAGAAGAAGAAAGAGGGGAAU